AUGGCGCCCCUCGAAAACGGCCAUGCCAAUGGCUUGACCGAAGAUUCUUUGCCCGCCACAAGCUCUUUGGCGAACUUGCGCUUCUCCGAUAUCCCCGACGCCAUCGAUAUUCCGGCUUCGAGUUUCGACAGUGAAGUCGAAGUCAGCCUCCUCGACCUCCCCGAAGACCCGACCGAGCUCUGCACCCUGCUGGAGAAUGAACGGGCGGCUAAGAACUUUUGGGUGAUCAUUGCAUUGGCCUAUGCCAAACGCAAGCAGAUCGACCAUGCCAUCGACAUCCUGAACAAGGGUCUGGCCUCGGUCGCCCACGGUGCUACCAAAGAGAAACUCGGUCUUCUGGGCUGGGUUUGCUGGUUGCUACUGUUGAAGAGCCGACAGGCUCCCCGUGUUGCACCGGAAGGAGAGCUCUACUCUGAGGCAAAGACCAAGGAUCACUACCUGCAGCUGGCGACCUCGACCCUCAAUGAAGCAUCGCGCCUGAACCCGGCCUACCCUCCUCUUUUCCUGGCGCGCGGUGUCCUCUGUCUUCUCCGUGCAUCAUUGCACCCACCUCGUGCUGUCCGUCCCGGUGCUAUCGACACAUCCGAGCGUGUGGAAUCCCUGCGACAAGCUCUGAAAUGCUUUGACGAAUCCUCCAAGGCCUUCGGUGGCCGCAAUGUGAUGGCUCUUCUGGGACGUGCUCGUGCACUCUACAUGCUGGGACGAUACCCCGAGGCUCUUGAUAGCUACCAGAAGGUCCUGAUCAAGGUGCCCAACCUCACCGACCCUGACCCUCGUAUUGGUCUGGGAUGCUGUCUGUGGCAGCUGGGCUUCAAGGACCAAGCGAAGGCUGCAUGGGAACGAUCCCUCGCCUUGAACCCCGAUUCUAAAGUCGCCAACAUCCUCCUUGCCGUGUAUUACCUCUACGAUAGCUCUCGACGCUCGGCCGAUGAUCCCAAGUUCGGCGACCUGUACAAAAUGGCCAUGACCCAUUACACCCAAAAGGCAUUUAAGCUGGACAAGGAUUACCCCAUGACCUGCGGCUUGUUCGCAAACUUCUUCAUUCUCCGCAACCAAUACCCGACCGCCGAAACUCUUUCCCGCAAGGCUAUUGAGCGGACGGACGUGAUGCCCAUUGCUAGUGAUGGCUGGUACCUUCUUGGUCGCAAGGCCCACUACGAAGGUGAUUACGCGCGUGCGGCGGAGUUCUACAACCGUUCCGACCAGGCUCGUGGUGGCGGUGACAAGGGUUACUUGCCAGCCAAGUUCGGCGCUGUGCAGAUGUCUGUCAUCAACAAGAACUUUGACGAUGCCAAGUUCCGUCUUGAGAAGAUUGUUCAGCAAUCUAAGAAUGCCGAGGCCAUGACCCUCCUGGCAACACUACACGCGGAGGACGUCUUCGCCGCGCAAAAGGCCGGCAGCAAGGAAGACAAGUCGAAUGAAACAAAGCGAGCAAUACAACUGCUCGAGUCUGUGCGGUCGAUGUGGAAGGAUGAGAAGCUACGGCUCUCUCCCGACGAAUCGGUCCUGGUGUACCUCGCUCGUCUUUACGAGACCUCGGCCCCGGAGAAGUGCAUGCAGUGCCUGACCCAACUGGAGGACCUGCAGAUUUCAGCCAUUUCUGAGAGUGACCGACCGGAUAUCGACAAUGCGGACGACUUGAAGGCUGCUCUCCGUGAGCGUCUGCCCCCGCAACUUCUGAACAACAUGGGAUGUUUCCUUUACCAGCACGAGAAGAUUGCCUUGGCACGUGGCAUGUUCCAAUCCGCGCUCAAUGCCUGUGUCAAUGUCGCAGAAACCCAAGAAGGCUUCGACAAAGAUGCCCUCAUCACGAGUAUCAGCUACAACUUGGGCCGCACUUACGAAUCGGCGGACAUGUGGGACGAGGCCAAGAAGGUCUACGAGGGUCUUCUCGAGCGACACAGUGACUACACCGAAGCUAGUGCCCGUCUAACGUACAUCGCCCUGCGCCAAAGUCCCACGGACGAAGGACCCAAAAAGAUGGCCAAGCUUUACGAAAUGGACAACUCCAACCUGGAGGUCCGGGCCUUGUUCGGCUGGUACCUGAGCAAGUCGAAGAAGCGGGUGUCUAACGUCAAUGAGGACUCUGAACUGCGCCACUUCAAGCACACCCUCCAGUAUUAUGAAAACCAUGACUGCUACGCCCUGACUGGAAUGGGCAAUGUGCAUCUCCUUGCGGCCCGUGACAUGCGCCGUGACUCCGACUCAGAAAAGGAGAAACGCCGCAGGAUGUAUCAGCGUGCCGUGGAAUUCUUCGAUAAGGCCCUGCGGCUGGAUCCCAAGAACGCAUACGCCGCACAGGGUAUUGCCAUCGCCCUCGUGGACGACAGGAAGGACCACAGUUCCGCCGUCCAGAUCUUCUCUAAGGUCCGCGAGACCGUCAAGGACCCUAGCGUCUACCUCAACCUAGGCCACGUGUUCGCCGAGCUCCGACAAUACACCCGCUCAAUCGAGAACUACGAAACCGCCCUCUCCAAGGAUCGUGCCCGCGACGUGCAGAUCCUCGCCUGCCUGGGCCGAGUCUGGUGUCUAAAGGGCAAGCAAGAGACCAACAUGGUCGCCAUGAAGACAGCGCUGGACUAUGCCCAGCGCGCACGAGACGUCUCCCCCGACCAACUCCAUCUCCAAUUCAACGUGGCCUUCGUCCAGAACCAAAUCGCCUCAUUGGCCUAUGGUCUGGGCACCACCCAAAAGACUCUCCAAGACAUCCAGGAAGCCAUCGAGGGCCUUAAGGAAGCCAUCGAGACUUUCGAACGACUCUCAAAGGAGAAAAACCCGCCCUACCCCAGCCAAGCCCUCGAACAACGCGCCAACAUGGGCCGCACAAUCAGCAAACAGCUCGACCGCGCCAUGCAAACCCAAAAGGAGUUCGAGGAGCAGAACGCCGCGAAACUCCAGCAAGCCCGCGAGCUUCGCGAAGCGGCCAUCAAGAAGCGCGAAGAGGAGCUGCGCAAGGCGCAGGAAGUGGAAAUGGAGCGCAAGCGAAAGAUCGCUGAAGAGCGUGCCCAGAUGGUUGAGGAGACGAUGCGUAUUGCUGCUGAGCGUGCGGAGGCUGAGCGUGCGCGUGAGGAGGCGGAGUACACGGAUGAUUCGCAGGGUGAGAGGGUUAAGCGCAAGAAGAAAUCUUCGAAGCGGAAGAAGAAGGGUACUGAGGAUGAUUUCAUUGCUGGUGAUGAGGAAGUUGGCGAGACGCGUGAGGAGGGUAGUGAGGUUGAGGGUGGGAGUGAGACUGAGGCUGCGCCGAAGAAGCGGCGUCGGUUGGAGCGGCGGUCUGGUGGGAAGUCUGCGCCUGUGGGCAAGAGCUCUUCUAAGUUCAAGAGCUCGGAGCGCGUCGAGGAUUCUGAUGACGAUGACAAUGAGGAGCGCGUUAGUAGCCCGGAGAAGGAGGACGAGGACGUGGAUGAGGAGCAGAGUGCUCCUCGCCGGAGGAACAAGGCAUCUCGUCGGAUUGCCGACGACGAUGACGAGGAUGAGGAGGCUGAGAAGCCUGCCGGGGAAGAUGAUGAUCUUUUUGGGGACGAAAACCCUGACCAGAUGGAGGAGUAA